UCACAAUAGCAACACCAUCUCAACUGUGGUCGUGAACUUUUGCUGGCAGUAAGAAAAACAAUCACGACGACAUGUGAUGAUAAAUGUCCUUUCUAACAAAAUGAGCCAUCCGCAGGGGAGAUCAGAGAGGUAUCUCUUGAAGUUUCGUUUCAACACCACCGUAGACCACAAAGCAAAGUCAGGGCCAGGGACUAAAAGCCCAGCUGGCAGGCAUGGCGUCCAGGUGCGCGUGACCAACCGGCUGCCGAGCCCCCUGACCUCGGACCAGCUGCAGGCCGUCUCGCUGAGCAUCCCGGGGCUCUACGUGCGCUCGCAGCAGUACCCGCCCGGCACCAGCAGGGGGGGCAUGUUCCACUGCGGCCAGCUGCAGAUCUAUAGGCUGCCCCUCGCAGCAGCACCACCACCAGAGGGGCCGAGAGGAGAGCAGCCACCCAGCACAGCAUCACCACCAGAGGGGCCGAGAGGAGAGCAGCUGCCCCUCACAACAGCCUCACCAGAGGGCCAGAGAGGGGAGCUGGAGCUAAUGGAUGGUGGCAUGUGUGAGGAGCAGAAGCAUGUUCUAGCCAAUGAGAUCGACGCUCACUCUCAGGCGAGUGAUGCCGAGUUCUUCAGCUGCUCCGCCUCCGACGCGGUCUCAGAUGUUACCAGCGGCAGCGGCGACUCCUUCAACACGGCCUGCGCUGACCUCGCGACCUCCGACGACCUCCGUGACCUUGCGACCUCCGACGACCUCCGUGACCUCUCGGCCUCCGACUACAACAGCGCGCGGGUGCGCGUGGAGUUCAAAGGUGAACAGUACCUGCGUCUGCAGACCCCGGCGGCGGCGGCAGGAGGGGAGGAGGAGGAUGUAGAGUGCAGCUGGGUGGUGACGGACGUCAUGGAGGAUGAUGGGCAGCUGGUGUCGUCCAUGCGGCUGGACUUCCUGAAGCCGAAGCCAGAGGUGCCUCGCUGGAUGAGACACCUGGAGGCGGAGCCGGACAUGGAGGCGGAGCCGGAGGUGGAGGACCACAGUGGGACAGCAGGCCACUGAAUUCUAUUCGCCAUUUUUAUCCUAACUCUGGGGUGGGCAUUUAUUAAAACAUGUAUUUUUUAUUUUUUAGCAUUUUUAUUUCACCUGACACGAACACAGAAAAGAAAAAUGGUUACCACUCAUGAAACUGCACUGCAUUAAUAGUUAUAUUGAUAUCAGAGAUGGAGCAUUAAAAAAUAUGACAAAAUAAAGUUGGAAUAUGUUCUCAAUAA